GCUCGGCCAGGAGGGCGGGUGCCAGAAGACUUGCUCCCCUUCCCGCGCCCCGGGCUGCGGCCCCCCUCCUGGGCUGGGCUCCACGGGGGGUGGUCCCGCUGCACCCCCGCCCAGCUGGCGGGGCGCCCACAGCUCCCGGUCCCAGGGCGCAGCCCCAGGCCUUGGCUCGGGAGCGCGGCUGUCAGGGGCCAGAGCCUUGCCCUGACGGAUGAGUGCUGACGGCGCCUGUCCCUGCGCCCCCAGCCGCUGACGCCCGUCACACCGCUGCGGGGACCCCGGGAGACCUGGCCGGCCGCGCGCACCCCCGCACCCCCGCGGCAGCCUGCAGGCGACGGGGGCGGGGAUGGUGCCGCCCCACUCCAGCCGCACACCUGCGCCCGCACUCGGCGGCCUCCCUGCCAGCUCGGCACUGCCACCGUGUCCCCGGCCACCGUGUCCCCGGAGCGGCCGGCGCUGCCGACAGGGCUGAGCGAGAGGUGCAGGCACACAGGUGGCCAUGGGGCCAGGCCGGGCCCGCUAGCCGCCAGCCAUGUCCCGAGAGACGGGCUCCUGCCGCCUGGGCCCCGGGGCGCGGGCACGGGCGCGGAAGCCCAAGAAGCCGCACUACAUCCCGCGGCCGUGGGGCAAGCCCUACAACUACAAGUGCUUCCAGUGCCCGUUCACCUGCCUGGAGAAGUCGCACCUGUACAACCACAUGAAGUACAGCCUCUGCAAGGACUCCCUGUCGCUGCUGCUUGACUCCCCUGACUGGGCCUGCCGCCACGCCCCCCCCGCACCCCGGGCCCGCACGCCCUCCCCUGAACGGCCCUCUGGCCCCUCCGACGCCGUGGGCAGCCAGCCCCGGGCCCCCACGGCUGACCCGGCCUCCGCUGUCCUGGCCCCGCACUGCCUCGCCGGGGGCCCCAAGCUGGGGGCUGAGGGGUCCCCGGGGGCGCCCUCCCCUGUGGCCCGGGAGGCCCAGAAGGACAGGGGCCGUGGGGGGCUGUGGGCCGAGCCCUGGAAGCCAGGCCCCCCGGACAGCAGCUGCGUCCCCUGCUACCCGCCGCCCGCCCCCGCGGAGCUGCCCGAGGCCCAGGGCCUCCACCUGUCCCUGCUGGGCGUCAACUGCCCGCUGGGGCCCGGCAUCUUCUCCUACCUGGGGCCCUCCCUGGCUGCCGCGGCCCACGUGCCCCUCCUGGCCUCGGCUGGCCCUCUGCUGCCCCCCACUUCUGCCUUCCCAUCUCCGCAGAGCCCCGACCGCCCGGCCCUGCUGCCCCGCCUCUACUACCCCCUGCUCCUGGAGCACACCCUGGGGCUCCCUGCGGGCAAGGCCGCCCCAGCCAAGCCCCUGGCCCCCCGGAAGGCGCCCCCCGGGACGCUGGUCCCCGGGCUCCUGAAGGCGCCUGUUCCCGGGCUGGGCAGGCCCUGGCCCCACAGCGCACCCAGAGCCCCGGGGCAGGAGGGGGAGCUGGACAGGAAGCUGCCCCCCGGCAGCCGGUCGGAGCCCCUGAAGGCCCCCUGCGGCACGCUGAAGCUCAGCUCCCAGAGCAGCCUGCGGCCCGGCCCGUCCGAGAUGCUGUGGCCUGAGGACAAGGAGCCAGGCCACCCUGAGACCCCGGGCCCUGCGGCCCCCCUGCCCCAGCAGCCCCUGGGCCUGAUGCCGGGCGGCCCCGGGCACGUGGGUGAGGACCUGACCCGGGCCCUGGGCGACUACGCCAGGGUGGAGCGGCGCCUGGGGCAGCUGACGCCCGUCGGGGGCCUGGCCCCUCGGCCUCUGCGGGAGCAGCUGGGCAAGAUCCGCCAGGAGCUGCUCACCAUCCACCAGGCACUGGAGCGGGCUGUGCGGCCCCUGGACGCACCCCUCGACCUCUCUGUGAAGCGGGCGCCCACCAAGGGGCCUGGGGGGGGCUGGGGGCCGCUGGAGCUGGGCCCCGCGCGGGCCCCAGGGACCCCCGAGCCCCCCAGCUUGCUGGGUCCCGCAGCCGCUGAGCCUUUCCCUGGCCACACCACCAAGUGCGAGGCUGACUCCAGCGUCCCGCCCCCAGGUCUGUCCCUUCAGGCCCCCGAGGACCCUAUCAUUCCUGGCAGCAGCUGGGGUGCCCGUGGCUCCUGGCCCCCCGAUGCGCUCCCUGGCCUCCCGAGCCCCCCUGGUGCCGAGGUCUGAGCUCACACAGCUUUGCUGGCUCAUCCGCCCUCACACGGGGUGGUCCUCCAAGCCCAUGUCUGCUGCCUGGCCCCCACCUGCCCCGGCCCCGGGGGCGCG